ACACUCCUCUGUGCUCUACUCUUUGGUACUGCCAUUAUUGAUUUAUUUUUUUAUUUUUUUAUUAUUUCUCUUGGGGCCAUAAAUGACUGAUUGCCAAAUGGUUUCUUCAGAUUUCACAGCCGAUGAGAGCAUGGAGAUUGAAAGCAUCAAAAUGUAUAAAAAAGAUCUUCUGGACGACAUCCAGAAGUUGAAGAUGGAGAUAGACAACGUCAUGGCAGAAAUACUCAGCUUUGAGUCUGCAGAAGAAAACAAAACCAAUGAGAAGAAUCAACGUUUUUUAAAUGGGAAGAAGAAAUUUAACAUGGACCCAAAAAAGGGCAUAAAUUACCUGGUGGAGAACAAGCUGCUGGAUGGAACCGCUAAAUCUAUUGCUGAGUUUCUUUACAAGGAGGAAGGACUCAACAAGACAGCCAUCGGAGAGUUCCUUGGAGAAAGGGAGGAGCUCCAUCUCCAGACUCUGAAAGCCUUUGUGGAGCUUCACGAGUUUUCUGACCUCCAUCUGGUCCUGGCUCUCAGACAGUUUCUGUGGAGUUUCCGUCUGCCUGGUGAAGCCCAGAAAAUUGACCGAAUGAUGGAGGCGUUUGCCACACGCUACUGUGACUGCAACGCUCAAGUCUUCCAGUCCACAGACACCUGCUACAUCCUGUCUUUUGCCAUCAUCAUGUUGAACACAAGCCUCCACAACCCCAACGUGAAGGACAAAACCACACUGGAGCGAUUUAUCUCUAUGAAUAGAGGCAUUAACAAUGGGGAGGACCUACCCAACGAGCUACUCUCGAAACUCUAUGAGAGCAUACGCAAUGAGCCUUUCAAAAUCCCGGAAGAUGAUGGAAAUGACCUGACUCACACUUUUUUCAACCCUGACAGAGAAGGUUGGCUCCUUAAACUCGGAGGUCGCGUUAAAACGUGGAAAAGACGAUGGUUUAUCCUGACAGACAGCUGCCUCUACUACUUUGAGUUUACGACGGAUAAAGAACCCAGAGGCAUCAUUCCACUAGAAAAUCUCUGCGUGAGGGAAGUGCAUUUCCCUCGCAAACCAUACUGUCUGGAGCUGUACAACCCCAACAGCCAUGGGCAGAAGAUCAAAGCAUGUAAAACUGAAACGGACGGCAGGGUGGUGGAGGGGAAACAUCAGUCCUACACCAUUUGUGCCUCCAGCGCUGAAGAGAGAGACGCCUGGAUUGAGGCGAUCAGGGCGAGCAUCACCAAGGAUCCGUUCUAUGACUUGGUCUCAGUCAGGAAGAAGAAGGUGAUAAACCAAGCUCCUCAGGACUAAGCACUGCAGCAGCCCACCGUUAUAAUGGCAUUCAGCCUUCCUUCAGGCUGACUGGAAAUACCUCGCCACGCAUGGACAUGGGCGCACACGAAGAUGCAUGAAACUAUACUGACAUUGGGAUCUUCUCUUUUCAUAGACCGAGUAAAGACUGUGUCAAAAGGUGAAAACAAGACAACACAAGUCAGUAUUAGCAUGACAGUCCACAGAGGUUCUCACAAGGGUUCCUUUAGAAUGUCACAAUAAAGGUUGUAGCCUGUAAAAUGUUUUUAGCAUUCUGUUGUUACAGAGGCUAGAUAUUUCCUGGUGUGAGAACAAAUGUUUUGUUGGGAAUUUAUGUAUCCGACUAAGUUUUAUAGCUCCGGGAGAUAAAUUGUGCAUGCCAUAUCUUAUCAGUACCAUGAAUGCAAUAAAAAGGCGACAAACACACUCAAUCGGAGUUUUCUCACAGCCCUCAUACAGCUUCGACACGUUUAAGAAAGCAAUACCCCUUUACUUUGGUUUGACCAAAGACGUUCGCUUAUGAAAUGUGUCAGUUCAUACAAAAUUCCUGUGAAGAUUGUAAAUAAAUUGUAGAAAUUACCUUUUUUUGAUUUGUACUUUAUACUGUAAUUAUUAAAGCAAAAGCAUAAAUGUCCAAAAGGUUGUGCAAUAGAUGUUAUCAGACAUUUUGUUUUAUUACAAGCGGAGUCUGUAUAUUUGAAUCGUUUAGCUGUAUCAUGUAGUUCCUAUAAUAAUAACGUAUACUAUUCUUUCUACACUUUAUCUACACUUUGUAACUACAGUAUUUUUUUGUGUUCUGUUGAAUUGAUUGUUGAAUUAAAAAAUAUUCAUGGAUUACAAACAGAAGUAAA